CCACUGACGCAUUCUCGAUUUCUCCUCCAAAACGAAUAGAACAUACAAGUUCAAAAAAAAAGUCUUCAAAAUUUUGAAAAAAUAACUUCGAAAAAAAAAUAUUCUAAAUAAUUUCGACGCAGUGAAAGCAGUAGAAAUCGAAGAAAUUUUUGAGGAGAAAAUCAACCAGGUUUCGAGGAAGUGAAAGCAGUUGAGUUUGUUGAGAAGAAAUUUAAUCAGGUCAAGAAAGGAUUUUAAGCUGAAAAAAAUGUCCACCAUGACAAACAAGGUUUCAAACAAUGCUUCUUCAACUUGCCGACUUGUGGGGAUGAUCUGUCUCGUGGCGUUGGUCCUCCUCUGGGGAGAAGUGAGAGAGGCACAAGCUGGAUGCCAACGUUUUGGUCACUCUUGUUUCGGAGCACAUGGAAAACGUGGCGGUGAUGUGGGGGCGACUGGCGGACAACAAAAUGGGGCCGAACUUUCUCCCGGUGAAAGCGUCUACCCCGCCGGACCCGGAGCUGAGUAUUAUCCCGCCGGCGGAUUUGCACCACGCGUCGGAAUGUCCCCGUAUCUCAUGGAUUGGUUGCUCUCCGCCCAUCGAGGUCAACCUCUCAGUGCGAAUUAUGCUCGCCAACUGCAGGACGAUCUGAACAUGGCGGACCAGCGAAGAAAGUAAGCUGCGAAUUGGAGAAAGUGAAAGUCACGACCGGAAGUCAACAGCAAAAUAAGUAAUUCGAGAUGAAAAAUAGAAACAAAAAAUGUGAAAAUUUAUUCAUUGAUUUUUUUCCAGAAAUAUAAAAACAAAAAUUCCCAAUUCUGUAAAAAUGAGUAAUUAAUUAUCUUAAUUAAGAAUUAAUUAAUCACCAAAUUAUAUCGCCACGUAACAAGUUGAGAAGAAUGAUUUUAAUAAUUGUUAUAAAAAUAGCGAUUAAAAUAAUUGUUACCUAAUCACGAUUAAAAAAUUCACACAUUUAUUCACACUGUAGCCCAAAAUAGUUAAUUAGCAAUUAAUAAUUAUGUAUUAUACAAAUAAUUGUAAUUAAAUAUAUAUGCAAAUUACUGAAUUAAUUGGUGGAAAUAAAAAUAAAUUUAGAGAACGACGCGAAAGACUUGGACGAUUAAAAAUAUGCGAAAAGCACGGAAGUUGUGAAAUUUAUGUAGAAAUUGGAAUUGUUAAGUUACAAAAUGAAAUUCGGUUAUAAGAUUUUGAUUCUGAAAUUUUGAUUAAUGUACAUAAAUUUGAUUUGAAUUUUAGGUGGUUAUCUGUAGAUAAGUUUGUUUGAUGUCUAUGUUGUAAAAUUAUUUAGUAAUAAAUAAUAAAAGUUGGCAAUUUAUUACGAGUUGGGAAACUAAA